AUGGACGCCAUUUUCGGCAACAUAGUCUUGGAUAGACUGCUUUCACAGCCAUUGGUAUUUGGCCUAGGAGUCGUCGGUGUUGUGCUUGUUGUCCUGAGCAUCAGUGUUCGUGGUCUUCAGCGGAGGUACGCCUUCUGUAACGACCAGACCAAACUCAUCAAAGAGCUCAAGAUCACUGAUCUUCGUCUCAAACUGCUACAAAGUGCACACAUCUCGCAGCAGGGUCGAGCCUUAGCAGGCACCGAACCGUACCUCAUCACCUGUGGAAAAUAUCAGGAACUGGUCAUUAGUCAACCAGCACACGUUCACGACUUCUACCGCAGCGACUACAGAGUUCAUGGAAAACCGCUCAACUUCAAUUUUGGCGGCUUGUUCGGCCGAUUUAUGGGGACAGCCGUAGGACUUCGAUACGGCGAUGAGUGGCGAAAGAUCCGCCUGCAUUUCGAUCCCCCGUUCAAGUUUCACGAAGCACUCUAUUGGCAGUUGCUCGAGCUCAGCCACUUGCACGAUCAAGCUGUCCAUGGAAUUCUGAUCUUCCGCAAAUCUGUGGACAAGUUCCUGUCGGAGUGGCGGGGUCUCAAUCGAGCCGUCAUUCACAACGCUCGGGGUGGCAAGUGGGAAUGCCCGGUUGAAGAAAUCGCUCGCGGCUUCGAUCCGUCGAAGGAUAUGACGGAGGAAGAUUUCCUGUCAACACUUGGCGAGGUGCUUUUUGCCAACGUCGAUGUCAGCGCCUCCGUCUUGAGCACGACCAUAACAAACCUCGCCGCGAACCCGUCAAUCCAGACUGAACUUCGAUCUGAGAUCAGUAAAUGGAAGUCACAAGACGAGGGAGGUUUCUCCAAGUACCUGACCAACAGCGGCACCCUCCUGCACCGGGUCACCAUGGAAAGCAUGCGACUGAGCCCGGCGUUUUGGUUCUCCAUGCCCGAAUCCACAGGCGAAGCCAAACAGAUCGGCGGAUACCACGUCCCGGCCAACACAACCGUCAUCAUCGACAAUCGACGCCUCAACGAAGAAGCCGUGACCUGGGGAGACGAUGGCGCACAAUAUCGCCCGGAUCGGUUCCUGGAAGUGGCCCCUCAAGCGUUGCGAUGCGGCUUUAUGCGCUAUGGCACGAGCGCGGCUUCGGGUCGCUGCUUGGGCAAACAUCUCGCAGAUCUGAUUUUCAAGUUGACGACCGUGGCUGUUGUCGAGCGUUUUCGGUUGGAGAGUCUGGCUGUCGGCGAGAAGCAGCUAGGAUUUCAGAAUCGGGAUGCUGCUGAUGUACGGUUGAUCAAAAUCUGA